AUGUCCUAUCGCUGCUACAUCGUCCCUCCUCACCUCCUCAAGGCCAUUGGUGAAUCCUCUCACAAUCCCGACACCAUCCGUGAAGCUGCUCGAGCUGCCCUUCAGUCUCAUCACGCCUUUACUGCCAAACGCAAGAGCCACAUCGAGGCAGUGAUACAGAGCCGACGCAGCAGCCGCGCUCCACCUCCCACUCGUCCCUUUGUUCCCGCCCAUGUCCUUCGCCAUAUAUCAGAAUCGGAGCACGUGGACGAGGAAGCUCGAGCACGCGCUGCGAGAGACCUAGAACAUACCCUUCACCUUGAGUCACGAGCAAAGCAUCGUGAAGAAGGGGCUCAGAUCGCGGCAGAAGUAGCAAAACUCGGCAAAGAUGCGCCACAGCGAUCAAUCUACGAUGCAGAGCAUACCUCAAGCGAGAGACAAUUGCCUGGUAAGCUCGUUCGGGCUGAGGGCGACAAGGCGGCCAAAGACAAGACUGUCAAUCAGGCAUAUGACAAUGUCGGAACAGUUUUGGAAUUUUACAAAGACAAGUUUAAGUGGAACUCCAUUGACAACAAAAACAUGGAUGUUAUCAGCUCUGUCCAUUUUGGUCAACAGUAUGAGAAUGCUUUUUGGGACUCGGAAGAACGCCAAAUGGUGUUUGGAGACGGCGGCGAGUUCCUCAGCAACUUUACUGGCUGCAUCGACGUUAUUGGGCACGAGUUGACGCACGCAGUUACUGAACACACAAGCGCCCUCGACUACCAGGGACAACCAGGUGCCUUGAAUGAGCAUAUUUCCGACGUGUUUGGCAUCAUGAUAAAGCAAAAGGUACAGGAUGAAACAUCGCAAAAUGCCGACUGGCUCAUCGGCGAAGACUGCAUUCUUCCCGGUGUCAAAGGCGUUGCUCUUCGAAGCAUGAAAGCCCCUGGAACAGCAUACGAUGACCCUCGAUUUGGCAAAGAUCCCCAAGUCGACAACAUGAAAGACUAUGUCACAAUGUAUGAGGACAAUGGCGGUGUACACAUCUACUCUGGCAUUCCCAACAAGGCCUUUUACCUGGUCGCCAAGGCAUUCGGCGGCUACUCUUGGGAGAAGGCCGGCCAGAUUUGGUGGAAGACGAUGCGGAGCGGCAAGGUGCCUGAGAGUUCCACGUUUCUCCAAUUCGCUGAUGCUACCGUCGAUGUUGCCAAGAAGGAGUUUGGCGAGGAUGUGGCCAAGACGGUUCGGAAGGCUUGGGAUGAUGUUGGCAUCAGACUUCGCUACCAGCUCUCACUGCCCACGCUUAGAUCGCUUUCUGCAAUUGACAAAGCGCCCAACCGACGAAAGGUGCUGCAGACCGCGUGCGGCGCAACAGAGUUUCGAUCUUUCCCAAUAAGACAAGCGGAAAAGAAUCUGUUUCGAGAAAUCAACGAUCAUACAGGAAUCCCUUAUCCAGUCAACGGGCCUGUCACUGAACCUUGGCAGAAGGUAUUUUUGCUCAUUCAGAUUGAUCUGUCGCGAGGAGGAUGGCCGAACAAAAUAUCUGCCAAUGGUCGCAAAGAGCUUAUGCGAGACAGCGGCCGAAUUUACAUCGUGAUGGAUCGUGUAUUGAGAUGCAUUGCCGACAUCCUUGGAGAGAGGGAAGACGGCAGGGGAGUCACUGUUACCUUGGAUGUUCUCAGGAGCGUUCAUGCAAAAGUAUGGGAAGGCUCCGAAAUGGAAUUGCUACAGGUCGAAGGAAUUGGCGCGGCAAAAAUGAAGCGCCUUACUGAUGCAAGCAUCAAGACCAUCAAGCAACUUGCCGGAUUGGAGUUUUAUCACAUUGAACGGUUGCUUAGCAGAAACCCACCCUUUGGGCAUCAAAUGUUAAAUCAGCUAUCAGGAUUCCCGCUGCUACACCUGCAGGUUUCUGUGAUAUCCAGUUAUACUCCUGCCCAGGAUGAUAAGGAAGACGCUAGCAUGCCAGGACCCUGUCAAUCUUGGGUGACCAGAAUCGUACUGGGGUACAGCAAUGACAUUAUACCGACCUGGUGUAAAAAAAAUCCGUGGGCAACUUUGGUGAUAGAAGGAGAUGAUGGUCGUCUCCUGUGGUUCUGGAGGGGAAGCGUGAAAAGGAUGGAGGGCACCAAGAUCAUGUUUGUCCGUCUGGAUGCCAAGAAGGGAGAGAGCGUCAAGGCUACGUUUGCUUGUGAAGGCAUUGUAGGGACUCUUGUACGAUUUACACUGACCAUCUAA